AUGGACCGCGGCGAUUCCAACGCCAUGCGACAUAUGCUGCAGCUGAACCGCACAGGUCGAAGUGACGUGCUCUGUAAACUGGUUUACAGUAUUCGGCUUGGGAGAAACUCCAAAUGUUACCGGUUUCCGGUACGGGAAGAGGUGUUCGAUUUUGGUGGAAAUGGCGAGGGGCUGUACUUUGAAGAAGACUACACAAAAUACUUGGUUGACGACAGUUUGGAUAUCACCAUUAGACUAUAUCGUUUCAGCUACGUCAGCCAACUGAAGUUGUCGGUCCCAAAACCUGAAAAAAAAUCUACGUCGUACUGCUUUGACAACGAAAAACAGACGUGGUCAGUGAUCGCUGAGCUUAAUCCGAAAUUAACAAGCGACAGACUGGGAUUUACCGUGUUUUACGGCACUUCGCGAAACAUACCUAAAAAUUAUAUUCUUUUUAUGGUCUGGUCCUUGGCGCUAGUUUCUUCAUGGCCUAGCGAUGCGAAGAAAAUCAGCUUGUCGGAUAAGCCCGUAGAACGCUACUACAGUUCAUUGCAACCGGACAAGGGAACGACAUUAAUUUCAAAGCUUACGGCUAAAGAGAUCAGCGGCAAAGAAAACAAGUGGAUUGACAGCACGGACAACAAAUUCACCGUUUAUCUGGAAUGGCACUGCAGCUAUGCUCUUAGUGCUCUAUCGUAUAGUGUGUAUGACGAUAUUUACCGGAGGCAAUAUGCUCAGAUGAGGCAGGAAGUCAAUGCUCUUCAACGAGAAAAUUCUCAGUUAGAAAAGGAGCUGUUUAAGUACCAGCAGUGUAUUUCGAAAAAAUGCAAUCAGCCCAGAGAAACGAAGACCCACUCCGCUCAGGACGCUAAGCUAACGGUACCUCGUCGUCACUCCAGCGCUAUAUCGGACAUGAGGAACAAGAUUCCUGAAGAUCGAAAAAGAACGACAGGGAUCAACGCCGUCAGGGGGCAGCCUACAGAUCUUUGCAAGCUGCCGUCCCCGAGCCUGAACAAUAUAUCGAAAAACACGCUGAAUGUUCCUAUAAAACCUGCCUUGAAUACCAGGCGCCAUUCUGCGGCUGACUUACCUAGCUUGUCUAAACGUGACUUGAAGUCUCAAACUGAAUGUGACGUUAAAGAGAACGUUUCUCGCAAAGGUACAAGUAACGUCGUAGACUCCAGCGCAUUUUACCUUAAUUCAACUUGUCUUCAACGCAGGUACGGAAGUUCAAUAGACCUUAGCCCGAUCUGCAACAGACAGUCAGCUGAACGUCCCACAGAAGAGUAUAUUUGUCGACGUCCUCUCAUUCGAUGCAGUGACGGCACCACGUACUGUAUCUCCAAUCCUGGCAAACCUGCUCGUUGCAUCCCGAACAUCUACAGUAAUUCUAGACUCAAAUCCCACCGUACGGGUACUCCGUCUUCAUACGAACGAGGCGGACGGGUGUAUUCUAAUCCUGAAAUUCUUGCACCCUAUCAGACAAGACCUGUGCCAAAGGAAACCUUUCUCGACCACACACUCUGA